UUCCUCGACCAGCUCACGCAAAAACCCCCCGAAACCUCGAAACCCUAGAUCGCCAUAUGGCCUCCUCCGCCGCCGCCGCCUUCUACCGCGACAGGGAGGACGCGGCGCCGCCGUCGUCCGGCCCCGGGGGAGGCGGCGCCAUGGCGGCGUACGACCCGAGCUACGUGCCGGACUCGGUGAAGACGUUCGUGUCGCACCUCUACCGCCACAUCCGCGACCGCAACGUGUACGAGACGCACCAGAUGUACGAGGGCGGGUUCACCCGCCUCUCCGACCGCCACUUCCGCGACACGCCGUGGCCGCCGGCGGAGGCCGUGGCGGCGCACUGCGACGGCGACCACGUCUUCCUCCUCCUCUACCGGGAGCUCUGGUUCCGCCACGCCCACGCCCGCGUCCAGGGCCUCACCCCGGCGCAGCGCGCCGAGUCGUGGGACAACUACUGCUCCCUCUUCAGCGUCGUCCUCCAGGGCGUCGUCAACAUGCAGCUCCCCAACCAGUGGCUCUGGGACAUGGUCGACGAGUUCGUCUACCAGUUCCAGAGCUUCUGCCAGUACCGCGCCAAGCUCAAGAACAAGACCCACGAGGAGAUCGCCCUCCUCAAGCAGUACGACCAGGCAUGGAGUGUUUAUGGGGUUCUUAAUUACUUGAAAGCACUGGUGGAGAAGUCAAUGAUUGGAGAGAUCCUGGAGAGGGAGAAGGUAGGGCUUGAACAGUUCACGGCAACUGAUGGGUAUGACUAUGAGGGCGGGAGCAAUGUGUUGAAGAUGCUGGGGUACUACAGCAUGAUUGGGCUGCUCAGGGUGCAUUGCCUUCUUGGGGAUUACCAUACUGGGCUCAAGUGCUUGGCUCCAAUAGAUAUAAGCCAGCAGGGUGUCUACACCACUGUGAUUGGAAGCCACAUUUCCACUAUUUAUCACUAUGGGUUUGCCAGCCUCAUGAUGCGCAGGUAUAUUGAUGGUAUACGUGAAUUCAACAAAAUUCUGUUGUAUAUCCUGAAGUGUAAGCAAUACCACCAGAAUUCCCCCCAGUAUGACCAGCUACUUAAGAAGAAUGAGCAGAUGUAUGCACUAUUGGCGAUCUGCCUCUCAUUGUGUCCACAGGACAAGCUCAUAGAUGAAAACGUUGGCACUCAGCUGAAGGAAAAGUAUGGGGACAAAAUGACAAAGAUGCAUAGGUAUGAUGAUGAGGCAUAUGCUAUUUAUGAUGAACUCUUUUCCUAUGCCUGCCCCAAGUUCAUUACUGCGUCGCCUCCAGUUCUACGAGAGCCAUACACAAACUACAACCAGGAUGCUUAUCGUCUUCAGUUGAAACUAUUUCUUUAUGAAGUGAAACAACAACAGUUGCUCUCUGGUAUUCGAAGCUAUCUCAAGUUGUAUUCAACGAUAACAAUUGGUAAACUUGCCAAAUACAUGGAUGUGGAUGAGGUUACACUAAGGACAAUUCUUAUGACAUACAAGCACAAAAUGCAUUCAAUCGACAGUGACGGAAAGGUCAUAUCCAGUGCAGACUUUGACUUCUAUAUUGAUGAGGACAUUAUUCAUGUUGUUGAAUCCAAGUUAACCAAGAACCAUGGUGAUUACUUUUUGAGACAGAUUUUGAAGUUUGAGGAGAUGAUUACGCAGCUGGAUAAAGUACAAUUUGACUGAACCUGCUAUCAUCAGGGCUGAAGCUCUCCUUUGAGUUACAGUGGGACGCGCUGUUGGUGAUGGAUAGUAAUGAUAAAUUUUUGUGCCAUCCUUUUUUGAUACAUUGUUGACAUGAGUUAAAUCCUCGCUAAAAAGUACUCUAGGUGCUAACUAUCGCAUCCACUUGUCAUGGCAUGUUCUGGUUUGAAGAAUGCCAACUUUAAAUUGUUCUUGUCUUAUCGUCAACCGUGCCAUUACCUACCGUAACGUUGCAAAGUUGUAGCUGUAUUCCUAUGUUUCGGACUUGCAGAGUGCGGAAUGUCGUUGCUUCCUA